CCCGUGCUCAGCCUCUGACAUCUUCCUGUGUCCAAUGGUGGCUACGUGAUUGUCUCAAGCAGUCUAGAGGGCGUCCCUAUUGGUGGAGAGGAUCCGGAGGAAGGCCCACCUAGUGAUCGUUCGCAGAUAUCUCACGUUCAGACGAUAUUUGAAUCAACUGUGCAAUCGAAAUAUAAGGGGACGCGUCAGAUUUGUAAAAGCAUCGGGGCCAAGAUGGAUGUGUUUAUGAAGGGGCUGUCUAAAGCGAAAGAAGGCAUGGCGGUGGCCGCAGAGAAAACCAAGGAAGGCGUCGCGGUAGCGGCAGAGAAGACCAAAGAAGGAGUCAUGUUUGUCGGCACCAAGGCCAAAGACAGCGUUGGCUCCGGGGCUGAGAAAAUGAAGGAGCAGGCCUCUAAUUUUGGUGGAGCCAUGGGGAACAUAGCUGCUGCCACUGGCCUGGUGAAGAAGGACGAGUUCCCCACUGACAUGAAUCCUGAGGAGUAUGGGCAGGAGGCCAUGGAGGAGGCACAGGGAGAGGCACUGAUGGAUCCAGAAGGAGGAACGUACGACGAGACCCAGCAGGAGCAGACCCAGGACUACGAGCCAGAAGCAUAAGUCCACCCAUUCCACGUUGGCGUCUAACCAGAAGCACAAUACGUUUCUACCAAUAUCAAGGACAAGCGCUGAAACGACCACAAUAAAAACCCUGUUGCAAAAAAGUACAAAAAACAAACAAAUAUACGACAAGCAUUCCCAGAGAAUAAUAAUGUUCUUCCUCCAAGACAGAUCUUUUAUUAUGAUACUUAAUGUAAAUGUCAUGUUACUUCUGUAAUGUGUUGGGUGUAGGUAUCUAUAGAGAUGUACGCUCGUCCUCGGUCUCACUUCCUUGACUCCCUCCCAACGAAGUGAGACCAGGGCCAGCCUUGUGACUUUGUACUUGUGUGUAUCUGUAUUCAUAAAUGUGCGAUAGAUGUAUGUCAUUUUCCAACAAGAUGUUGGGAAUGAAAAAAAAGUCGGUUUGAAAGCAGAUAUGAUUCCAAUUAUAUCCUCUAAGUGUAUACAAUGCCUGUUUGUGGGUUUCUCUUUUGCAUUUAUUUUGAAAGCAAGUUAUUUAUUUAAAGUUUUUCAAGUAAAGGUUUUAUACAUUGUAUCUUUAUAGUUGCUUGUGAAAUCAUUCCAGUGAACUAUCUGUUAGAAAUGGAUACAUGUUUGUGUGUGCGUGUGUUUGUGUGAAGAUUUUAACAAGUUAAAGUCAGUAUAAUAUGUCUUGAAAUCAUAAUGGUUGUCAGAUCAAUAUGUGCUUUAAAAUGCAGGAAUUGUCAAUAUAUUU